UGGACUUUUUGACGGCAACCAUUUCACCACCAAAAGAUACUGCCACGACACUCCUUUAUUUCUACUUCUCGGUCUCAAUCUUCAUCUCUGCUCAACAAAGACUACGCUCGCUCGCUUUGCGCAUCUUUGACAAUGUUGGACAAAAUCGUCGGUCUCGCCAUGCUCGUGGCCGCUUCCGUCGUCUUCACCUACUACACCAUCUGGACUCUUCUCAUGCCCUUUGUCGACGACGAUCACCCUCUCCAGAACUUCUUCCCCCCUCGCGUUUGGGCCAUUCGCAUCCCCGUUAUUAUCAUCCUCCUCGGUUCCGCUGUUGUUGGCUCAUUCCUCGGCAUGGUUAUGAUUCGGAGCAACCAGAAGAAGGCUGCAAAGGCCAAGGCUGCCGCUAAGAAGGCCAACUAGGAAGGCCAACUAGACGACGACAUGUCGAUUAUAUACUUGUAAUCAUUCAGUGUCUUUUAAUGGCGUUGUUUCGCCCAAGACCUAAUCACACUAUGGGACUUUGGAGUCUCAGGCCAAUGUCUUGAUGCAGAAGAGAUGAACACUACAGGAAAUGGGUAUCUAAUCUUUUUCUAUUUAUAAUAAGGUAUUAUGACCUGCUAAACGACCGUGCUAAAGAGUGUUUCUUCCGUACAAGCAAAAUGCCCACAUAUCAGAAUCAAACUCCAACAUACCGGACCAAGAGUUGGUUUGAGCGUAACUAAUCAUGCUUCACAACACGAAAAGAUACAAACUUUGCUCCAUAUCGCCAAACAGCUUAAGCAAUGACUUGCCAUUCCAGCCUCGUAUGCAUAUAAUCAAAGCAAAGCCAAGGACCUAGACGCCAACCUCAAGCGCACGUUGUCUGUCUGAGAGUUCUUCUCACACUCUCUGAUCUGCAAAGUCAAGGACUUCACAGUCAUCCUCAAAAAAGCCAUCCUCACCUUGACUUCCACCUUGCGCUCCACGUCGUCUCCUUGUAGUCACCACGAUCUGCUCCUGGUCGCCAUACUGCAUCACGCGCUCCAUCGCUGAAGGGGGCAAUGCAAUAUGGUCUUCGGGGCCGUCGUACUCCUCCUCAGCAACUGUUGGCAAGCCUAAAUCCAGUCGAACCACUGGAAUAUCCUGACCAAAAGCCCAAGCCGUUGUGUUUGAGAAUUCUUUAGAUGAAUUUGGUUCCAUGGGUUGCCCCUUCUUCUUCUUUUUCUUGGAAGUAGUGUUUUCGUCUAGACUUGUCUCGGCUAGUAUAGCUGAGACAACUUCGAGCUGAUCAGCUGUUCCUCUCCGGUACUCGCAGAGAGUUACUCGUCGAUCCGUGUGGAAAGGUUGAUAGGGUGCACUAGACUCUAUCUCAGCUUGAGGGAUUGACGAUUCCAUAGUCUGAUCUGUUGCCGCAACACGAGGUCGGGGGUUCAGCGUCAGCGUGUUUCCUGCAUCCAUAUCACGGUCCGAAAGGUCGAGGAUUUCAUCCUGAGCUCCCAGGUCAACCAUCUGUCGUACAGCUGGAGCAACCAAGUCGCUGGGUAGAAUCGGCACAUUGUAAUCGUGAUACCUGCUAGCCCGUGUCACUCGCCUGCCAGCCUGUACGCUAGAUCGACGAGUUCGACAGGAGAAACCUCGUACCAGACCGUUGCCAACCACAAAGAGUCCU